CGACAUUGUAGUGCAGUCCAAGCAUAUAACCUGAAAAAAUGAAAUGCAAGCGGAGCAUCGAUGUUUUAUACAAUGUAUCCUUAAUGUAACAAUGAAACAAACCACUUCCACACGACGGACUAGACAAGUUACAAAACUGACUUGUUUUGUAACAGUUUUAUAAACGUAUCCAAUGAGGACAGCCGAUGAUAGUCACAUGACCCUUAUGUAACAUUUUCCCCCUCUAAGAUACUCCAAGUACAGAGCGGCGAUGGCUUUCGUAGUGAGAUACGAAAGGAAUAGGGGACGAAGAGUCAUGAAAAUGGGAGUGAUACCACCGUCUCUUGACCAGCCUUUACCUCAGAAUAAGGGACAUUAGAUUAAUAGCGACUCAGACGGUAUACGAAAUGGGAACAGAGAGCAUGGAAAGCAAUGUCAUGCUACAGCUUGCCGCUGAAGCCUUCCAAGCUAAAAACUUUGAGCUUGCCGCUGAGAUCUACGAAUGCCAACUAGUGGAUUAUAGCGAUGUUGUCAGUCAUCACGAGCUGCUUGUGAAAUGGGCUGAUGCUCUAGCUUUUGGUGGCAAGCUAAGCGAAGCCCUCGAGAUCUACCAGAAAGCUUCCAAAAUCACCAGGCUACGACCUACGCACCUGGAAAAUCUCAUCGUAUAUCUGACCAACAGCAUUAGAAGCAAAGAGGGUUUUGCCGGUCAAAAGUUCCUACAAGGACAAGUAGAAGGAUGUGGCAAUGAUGCAUUUGUUUGCCGAAUUUGUGAGGGAUUUCUGUACGAGCCGGUUACCUUGCCUUGUGGACACUGCUUUUGUAAAAAGUGCCUGGACAAAGAAAAGAAGCCAGUUUGCUGCAGAGAGUGUAAAGACAACUCCAGGCUCACUGAUCUACCGAAUUACAGAGUUAAUGUAGUUCUUAGCAACUUGUUGGCAAAGUGGUUUCCUUCUCAGUUGCUUGCAGUGCAACUGAGGCACGAGGGAAAUGCAUUGUAUGCAGAGAAGAAGCUGGAAGUUGCUUUAGAAAAGUACAAUGAAGCCAUUGCUAUAGCUCCUAGGGAUCACUUGCUGUUUAUCAACCACUCCUUGAUAAACUCCAGUCUAAAAAACAACGAAGAUGCCCUUACGGAUGCAGAGAUGGCCUGUAAACUCCAACCUUAUUGGCUGAAGGGACAUCUGAGGAAAGCACAAGCACUAGAGGCACUGGGCAAAACAGAAGAGGCUUUAACAGAAUGCCUGUUCUGCAUUGCUUUAGACUCAGAAAACAGACUGGCCAAUUUAGAAGCUCAAAGGCUGCUUAGUGACAUCUUUGAUCCGGUUCCCAAUCAAGUCCAGGAGAGAAUACCAGACUACAUCCAUCUGCUGUCCUCAAGGACAAGGGUAAAGGGAGGUCUGACAGCCACUUUCAGCUCCAACUGCAGCACAGGCUCCCCAGGGCUCUACAAGGACAAUUGUAUAAAUGACAACAGCUUUACCUCGCUCGGGAAAUCAACGUUGCUGUCAGCUCAGAGCUGCACAAGAAAGACUGGCUCCACAGAUUUCAAGGCGUGCUCUGGGGACAGAAAUGAAAAGGGGGAUUUCGGUGGUGUUCAUGGCCCGUCUGCAAUCAUCAGAGGCCAGCUCACCAAGCGUAAACAGGUCUGGGGAGAGGAAGGCAGUGCAGGAAGUGAUGGGUCGUCGUGCAAGCGCUUGAAGUCGGAAGCGAAAGUAGAGACAACUUCUUGGUGUCCAGUGGCCAGUGAACUCAUCGAUGCUUCUGACUUGGAGUGCUCUUUGUGCAUGAGGCUUUUCUAUGAACCAGUCACCACUCCCUGUGGCCACUCCUUCUGCCUGAAAUGCCUGGAGAGAUGCUUGGACCAUAAUGCCAAGUGUCCACUAUGCAAGGAGGAUCUCUCUGAGUAUUUGGCUCAGAGGCGAUAUAGUAAAACCCUUCUGAUGGAAAACCUCAUUGCCAACUAUCUUCCAGAGGAGCUAGCUGAGAGACAGAUCAUCGACAAGGAGGAAAUUGCUGAGCUGUCCAAUUUGAACAAGAACGUGCCAAUAUUUGUCUGCACCAUGGCCUUUCCCACGGUACCUUGCCCCCUGCACAUAUAUGAGCCCUGCUACCGGCUUAUGGUGCGCCGAUGCAUGGAGACUGGGACCAACCAGUUUGGCAUGUGCCUCAGCGAUUCUGUUAAUGGAUUUGCCACUUACGGCUGCAUAUUGGAGAUACGAAACGUUGAGUUCUUCGCAGAUGGUCGCUCUGUUGUGGACACGAUCGGCAGAAGGAGAUUCAAAGUAAUCCAGCACCGUAAACGAGAUGGCUAUAACACUGCGGACAUUGAGUACCUGGAAGACAAGAAAGUGGGUGGAGCAGAAGAGGCCGAGCUGAGAACCCUCCAUAAUCGUGUGUAUGAUCAGGCCUUGUCCUGGGUCAACUCCCUCAAGGCCCAACAGAAGGAGCGCAUCGUUGGCCACUUUGGACCCAUGCCGGAGAAGGACCUAGACCCACAGAUCAGCCCCAAUGGGCCGUCCUGGUGCUGGUGGCUCUUGGCGGUCAUGCCCCUGGAGGGCCGAGCCCAGCUGCCCUUCUUGGCUCUCACCUCCCUCAAGGAUCGCCUGACGGGUAUUCGGAGGGUGCUGGUCUUCAUGUCCCGAAGCCGGUCCCGGUGACUUCCCCUUCUUCCCGCCCGUUCUUCCUGUCAUCACAUGUGCAUACAUUCACUUCUGUCUCCGCAUAUCUGUGUAGGCCUCUUCACACAGCUUAAUGCUUCCCACACAACCAGUGCCUCUCAACCAAUGGGUUUUGAAAAAUGGAAACCAUCUAAUGUUUACAUUACAUUCAGUUUCAGUUCAUGAACCCAGGUGUGCAUUUCAUGUAGAAACUGCAUCCAUAAGUGAGGGAUUUAUUCUUCAUCAUUUAUUUUUUUAGGUCAUAUUUUAGCAUGAUUUCCAUCACAGCUAUAUGGUUGUAAUGAGACCAGUGUGCUUUGUACAUCAUGGAAGAGAUGUGUUCUUUGCUGUCUCAUUAUGAAAAGAAAAGGGUUUUGCCAGUUCACACUUUCACUGUGAAAUAACUUCCGCAUCAAGUUUUUAGUGGUCAAUAAAUAAAAAAAAGGUUUAGUAACUACUGCUUCUUAUUUUAUGGUACAGAAUUAUUAUUUAUUAUUUGGAGUCUGAAGUCAACCUAAUGGAUCUUCACCCAAUAAAGUAAGAAAUGCUGCUAUGGUAAAAUGUGGACACUUCAACCACAGCUGUAUCCACUCAUUACCAAAUAUUUAACUAUAUGUAUAUUUUAAAAAUCCUUUUACUAUUCUCAUUUCAUUUUAAUAGUUGUGUGGGCCAGAACUGAAAGAAUAAAGAAAGGCUGUAAUCGUUUGCAGCCUGCUGAAAGAUGUGUAGCAUAUCAGCAUGGGACAGUUCACUGUCAGCAAGACAGUGAUAGCUUCUGCGGUUUUAUCUUUGGGUUACAACAUUAAAUAUGCACCGAAUGUAUCCAGUAAAAUAAUAGUAUUGUUCAGUUUUAAAAAAUGUUAAACAAACCACAAGUCUCUAAGCCAAAACAGCAGAGUGUUGAAACAAGAUUAUUCCUCUUAAUUUUUUUUAAAGGGCAAAGAAAUUAGGUGUAUUACUAUUUACAAGAGUUUGUGAAAAUGUAUCAUUAUUUUCAGACAUUAAAUGACAUAUUCCGACCUAAGUUGUAAUACAUUUAAGUUUUUGGAAUUGUAGCAUUUUAGUCUUACUGCCUAUUUCUUUUCUAUGCAAGUGAUUGUCAAUUAGAUAAACUUUUAAAAAGAAAAAAAAUCUCACAUUAUGUUGCAUUCCUGAUUUGCACUAUACUGAGGGAAAUAACCUCUUAUCUUGAGAUGCAAAUGUGUGCAUUUCAGAGCAGUUCAAGUGCUGUGAAAGUUUUGAGUGUUUUCACAAAGUUUUCACUUAAACAGGAAAUGUGUCUUGUACUGACUCUCCAGAUCUUUAUGGUUUUGGAUUUUUAAAAAAUCCAUGCUCCGACUGACAUUUAAGCAUAUGAGAAGUCUUUUUUUGACAGAUUGAAAUGUUAUUCUUUGCUUUUUUGUUUCCAUUUUAUUUCUGUGUAUUUCUUAUUACAUUAUUCUUAUACUUUUUGAACAUGUUGUGCCUUAGUUGGACUUCUUCCAUGACAUCAUGCAAUAUUUAGAAAGAUUUUAAAUGCCCUAUACUGUUGUUUUGAGUGCCAGUGUUCAGCACAAGAUAGAAAAUUUCAGUUAGUGGAACUUACACUACCAGUAUUUGGUCUUAGUGUUUCGGUAUAACAGUUGUCGAUCUCUUCUAGAGAUAAUAUCUCUCCUAGGUAGUAUGAAGAAAAAAGUGUAUUAAAUGUUUGGAACCAAAAGACAAUAUCAGUCAGGCCACUCCUGGCUUGAAAUGUUUACAAUUGCCCCUCAAACAACAAUGACUUCUUUCACCUUACUGACAAAUUAUUCAUAUUAGCAGAGAGAAUAAUAUAUUACAAAGCAUAUAAACUUGUUAGUAAAUUUUGGCUUAUAUCCAUUGUAGCUGAUGUUUGAGUUGUUGAAAUGUUAAGAAAUGUCUGUUUAUGUGGAUAGUUAUCUGCACAGCUGCUUUGCUGGUGAAAGCAGUUGACAAGGUUUACAAAUGUGAAGUUCCAACUGAUACUGGCUUUCUUGGAUCUUUGCUCUUUUCCCCUUUCCCUAAAAGUACAAAUUUAGAUGACUGACUUUAUCUUUAAUAUUAAAUGUAAUAUUUUAUACACUGGAUCCAGAAUAUAGAAAAUUCUAUUGGAUGGAAUUUUGUUUUUAUGUAAAUUGUUGAGAGUGCAUAUUAUAUCAUUGCAAUACAUUUAGGGUAAACCCACAUGGUAGAAACUAUAGAACAAAACUGAUCUAGUGGGUGAUCUUGAGGAUUAUUUUACGGUAAUAUGAUAGCUACAUUUCCCCUGAUCUUUUAAAAUCCAACAUUUACCCUCAUUAUCUAAGUUGAACUACCUCAUUGACCCUUAUUUAAUUCUUCCAGCCAUUAAAUGCAAAUGAAAAAAGUGGUUUUAUUUGUAUCUAUUUUUGUUUUGCUGCUUGUCUAUCAUUUGUAACGUUGCCUCUAAAACAAGACGCGUGUUUACAAAACUUGAGUGGAUGUUGUAAACAUAGUAACUCUUCAGUUUUCUUUGUAAUAGUAAAUGGUCAAUUCUGUGUUAUAUUGUAUGUGCACUUAUAAAUAAAACCAAACAUCUCAAGAUGAA